CGUCAGCGCUUCACCCGCUGCUGGCGAGAUUCCACUGAGGAGGAGAUGAAAGGCUGGAGACUGAGCCACAGUCAGUGGGAUCGAAAGCACCUCCUCUGUGUGCAGUGACUGGACCGGGGGCUCGGCCAGACGGGCCUGAGCAGCUUUACCAAACAUGGUCACGUAACGGAGCCUGAAGGUUCCUGCGGCUGCCACAGCCAGCGCUCCAGCUGAGGACCUCACCUGUGUCGUAGCAUCAGCUUAAGUGGGUUUCUAGCGAAUCAUCCAGACUGGCCCAGUUUUACAGGCAGCAGCUUGUAACUGCUGUUAACAGAUGGAACCGACCUGUCGCCGCCGCCUCAGCAGCGAAAGUGUGAAUCGGGCCGAUGGCUAAUCCCUCUGGACGUGCUCCAUUGGACCCUGGACUGAUCCUGGCCUCCCUGUUCAGGCAGACUGGUGCCAGGUCCCAGCUUUUAUUGUGACACUCUCACUUCCUGCUUCACUCCACCCUCUGACCACCCCUGGACUCCAGAGAGCGCUGGUGAGACUCUGCAUCCUCCACCUGCUGCUGCUGGAACUCAGUUUGUCUUUGACUACAUGGUGUUAGUUGAUUCAAUAGGAAGCUACUGAAAACCGUUCUGGAUUAGUGUGAGCUCACUGAGAUGGGAGCAGGUACAUUCAGUCUGUCAGAUGAUACUUGUAUGAAGCGUGUCAUCUUGUGCAGGUCACCUCUACCUCACUGUCCAACGGGCCGUAGGAAGGAAGCAGAGGCUCCUCCUGAUGAAGCAGCUCGUCCUCGGGGUGAGACGAGUUCCGUUUGUAUUUUCAGCCUCUUACACAACACACUACUGCAGCGGCUCUGUGGGCUCAGGCCCGACCCGACUCCCAUCAUGCCCAAAUAAAGUGUCCACAUUCCAACUGUGCUGCUGCUUCUUCUUGUCCGUGCGACGUGUUUAUAAAACUGUGUGUUUCUGUCCUGGUUCAGACUUAUGUCAUGUUAGUAGAACGUGAAGCAGGUUUUCUUUGUUAGACUGCAGCGUUUUUAACUCGUCUCCUACAGCUGGUCACUUGGUACCGAGGUCAUUGAUGAGUCCACAUUGGAUUCUGCUGACUGAUUGUGGUUCUUGAUACAGAAGCAUCAGUUUGAUGUUGGAGCUUUCCAAAUCUGACUCUAAGCAGCCUUUGGUUCACAUUCAUACAAACACGCUCAGUAAGCUGCCACAUGUUGCAGUGCAUUCUGGGUCUUGGAUCUUGUUGGUUGCUCUGCUCAGCUGUGUAUGAACCUUUGUAUUGUUGCAGACUAACGAUGGCUGUCCGCUAGUCUUUGUGUGUCUCCAUGACAACAGCCUCUAAUCCUGCACUAUUCUGUCUUUAAUCCAUUCCACCUCCAUCCUCCUGCUCGCUCUGGUGAAGCUCAGCUAUGAAGUUUUAGCAGCAGAACAAUGCUGGUGGUGCUCGGCCGCCCCGUGAUGAUGAUGCUGGAUGUUGGGCCUGAUCACUUUGUUCAUACUAGAUUAUAAGAGGAAAGCGUCUCAAUGCAAGAAAAUAUUUGUUUGGACAUGAUAAAACUUUGCUUCCAUGAGAUAAACAUGGGUAUUGGACAAUAAGUUGUUUGUGAAAUAUAAUGUGUCCACAACAGACAGAAACGCCGAGAUUAAUGUGUCCUUCCUCAAACAUGGUUUGUGAGAUAGUAAAAAAAAAAUCAUUUGGUUCGUUCGAGUCAUCUGGAGGCAAAUCCUCUGGCUCGGAGCCUGUGAUGAUGUCCAGGGACCCCCCUCCAUCGGCUGCAUUCCUUUCCUUGUCAUCUGCAGCCGAGGAGACGGAGUAAAACGGGAGCUGACAUCAGUCCUCACAGCUGCAUGGAGGCCGCUCCAAAACAAAGCUCCAGCAAAGAACGGUGCAAACCGGGCUUCAACACGGACUCUACAGGGUCCGUCUGCUGGUUCGAGCCCUCACACAGCUUCCACUUGAGGUUGUACUCUAACAGCUGAUUAUAACUCUCUGACUCAGUCUCUUCGAUUGUUGGUGUCUUGUGGUUGUAAUAUUAUUUUCUGAACAGCUCUUAUAGUAACUUUACUCCAAUAAGGUAUCAAAGAACUUCCUGUGAAAACGCUCCCGGUGGAAAAAGUGACACUCGCUGCGUCUAAUAGCUGAGCGAUGACAUCACUCGUCGGUCGAAGAGCUCCCCUCCGAUUGGCCGGGUGCCUCGGCCAAUCAGCGCGCAGGCGCGUGGGACGCGUUUAAAGCAGAUUGAGAAGGUACCGGUUCGUCCAGACGCCUGAGCCGCAGGUCCCGACGCGACGCCAAGCAAAGCAAAAGCAGCUCUCGCGGAUUGGUUCCGGACUCCUGCCUCGCUGCCCGCACACAGAACCGCGACCCGCUGUCAGGAUGUCGACACAUUUCAAGAGUGGACCCGCCUUCGGUCUCUCCGCCGAGGUCAAGAGUAAGCUGGCAGGGAAGUACGACCCCCAGAAGGAGGAGGAGCUGCGGCUGUGGAUCCAGGACGUGACCGGCAAGCGGCUCGGGGAGAACUUCAUGGAGAGCCUGAAGGACGGAGCCGUGCUUUGCGAACUCAUUAACGUUCUCCAGCCUGGUUCUGUGAGGAAGAUCAACCACUCCAGCCAGAACUGGCACCAGCUAGAAAACAUCGGGAACUUUGUCCGUGCGAUAACAGACUACGGCCUGAAGCCACACGACAUCUUUGAGGCCAACGACCUGUUUGAGAACGUCAACCACACGCAGGUCCAGUGUUCUCUCAUCGCUCUGGCCGGAAUGGCCAAAUCCAAAGGUUUUCACUCCAAGUAUGAUUUAGGGGUGAAGUACGCUGAGAAGCAGCAGCGCCGCUUUGCUCCAGAGAAGCUGAGGGAAGGACGCAACAUCAUCGGGCUGCAGAUGGGAACCAACAAGCUGGCCAGCCAGAAGGGAAUGACUUCCUACGGCACGCGGCGCCAUCUGUACGACGCCAAGAUGGGCAUGGACGCCCCCCUGGACCAGUCCACCAUCAGCCUGCAGAUGGGAACCAACAAAGGCGCCAGUCAGGCUGGAAUGACGGCUCCGGGGACGAGGAGGCACAUCUUCGACAAGAAGCUGGAGCUGGAGAACUGUGACAGCACCACCAUCUCCCUGCAGAUGGGCACGAACAAGGUGGCGUCGCAGCAGGGCAUGACCACGUACGGGCUGCCGCGCCAGGUCUACGACACCAAGUACUGCGCCAACCCGGCCGAGGCCUCCUACAACAACGGCAGCGAGCUGGACUUCGACGGCUACAACCAGUUCUCUGACUAGAGGCGUCCCGGCAGCCGCCCCCUCCGUCCCCCGCUUCCACUCCAGAAAACCCAGCACCUUUGUCCCCGACGGCCGUCGGACACGGACCCACGUCGCGCCGUCUUCGUCUAAACACUCUCCAGCAGUAACAGAACAAGUGUUUACACUGAGCUUACGCCACGAGAAGAAGAGACUAACUUCUGCAUCUGGUGAAUUUUAUUUCUGCCAAAAAUACCCAGACGCUCCGAAGGUCCGAUUUUAAUGUUUGCUAUUUAUAGAAGUUUGAUUUUCUGCUCUCAGCCCUCACUGAACAGAAACCACUGACAGUCUUGGUGCUAUAUUGAACUUUGUCGCAGUCUGCCCCGAGUCCGGGUUCGGCUCCGGCCCCGGGUCCUGAAGCAGCUUUGAGUGGCUGUUUCAGGGUCGUUACCACGUGCAGCACCAAUCGUUGCUUUUAUAAAGUACGGUGAUUUCUUUCUGCGCUGCUGCGUCUCCGUGACCUCUGCUUCCUGCUUCACCGUGUGCAGUAACUGCGGUGACACAUGACUCGGUACAUUUACUCAGACUCUGUACUUCACUACUGAUGCCAGGUCGUGCUACAAUGUACACAGUCAUAGAACUUCACGUCUGCAGCUUUUACUAUGUAUUAUUACUGUUGAUGCCAAAUACACAAAUUCAGAGAUUCUUA